AUGAAAGACAAUUAUAAUAGAUCAAUAAUUGAAGAUUUUUCAAAUGAAUUAUUCUAUGAAAUUUUCAAUUAUCUUGAUGGUUAUCAAAUCUAUCAUAUAUUUUCAAAUAUUAAUCAUCGUUUUCAACAAUUAAUUAAUUCUUCAUCAUUGAGAUUAAAAAUGAAAUAUUGUUCUAAUAUUUCGAAUGAAAUUCUUCGUUUUAAUAAAGAACAAAUCUAUUCACUUAGUUUAAAUGAAUCAUUUUCAAUAAAUUUAAUUGAUUCAUUAUUUAUUUAUCUUGAAUCACUUCGUAUUACUUCAAUUAAUUCAAAUGAACUUCUUUUAUUUAUUUCAAAUUUACAAUCUUUACCAUGUCUCAAAUUAUUAACAAUUAAAUUGUUACAAUGUAAUAUUGAUGAUUCUCAAAUUUAUCAUGAAAUUUUUUCUUUAAAAAUGUUAAAAUAUUUUAAAUUAUCAAUAGAUAAUUAUUCAAGUUCAGUACGAUUUUCAUCAUUUAAUCCAAAUAAACAAAUGAAUCAUUUAGAAUAUCUUAUUAUUGAUUAUCAAUGUUUAUUUCCUUCUAUAACAAAUAUAUUAUCAUAUAUGCCUUCAAUUCAUUAUGUUUCUCUUAUGAAAUUAUUUUAUUAUGACUCAUCACUUGAAACAAAUUAUCCUUUUAUAUGGCCUAAUUUAACACAUUUAUCCAUAUGUUUAACUACUUGGGGCACUAUGUUUGAAUGUAUUGAAGUAUUAAUUAGUAAAAUUGGCUCAAAAUUAAAAGUUUUUUCUUUUAAACCUUAUCAUGAAAUUAUCGAGUAUUUCAAUGCUUCUCGAUGGGAAAAUCUUAUUUUAAAAUUUAUGCCUCAAUUGAAUAAAUUUUAUUUGAAAUAUACAGAAAAUGUUGAUAGAAUUCUAAGAGAUAGAGAUGAUGAAGAAACAAAUGAUUUUACAAGAUCAUUUUGGAUUGAACGAAAAUGGUUUUUAGAAAUUGAACUUAAUAAUCAAAAUAUUCUCUUUUCUAUUUUGCCUUCUAAAAAACAAUGGUUUCAUGAAGAAAAUUUAUUUAAAUUAAAUCAAUUAGUUAUUUCACGAAUAAAUAUAAAUAAAUAUAAUUAUUUUAUUCAAAAUGAUAUUAAUCGUGUUUUAAAUUUCACACAAAUUUAUCAUUUAGAAAUUACAAACGAAAAUCUUUUCAUUGGUUUAUUAUUACAAAUAACAAAUUGUUUAUUUGAACUUCGAUCAUUAAAAAUUCAUUCAUUAUUAUUAGAAGAUGAUUCAAGAGAUUUAAAUUUAAAAGAAAUUUCUAUUCUUUAUUCAAUACAUUUAACAAGUCAAAUUAAGAAAAUUUAUCUUAGAAAUCUUACAAAUAUAAAACAAAUCGAUUUUCUUAUGAAAUUUUCUCCUUAUUUAUCAUUUUUUAAAAUUGAUUAUUUACAUAAUUUAGAUAUUCCGUCGAUUCUUAGACAAAUUAAUCAUACUUAUCUUAAUUCAUUAUGUUUUUAUGUUCCUACAGCGGAUGACAAAAUGAUCAAUAAUUUAAAUAAAAUUAGUUCUCUUGAAAAACUUCUCGUUAAUUAUAAAAUUAUUCGUCAAAAUGAACAUAUCUUCUUCAAUUGGAAUUUAUUAGAAUAA